CAGCAUUCAGCAUGGUCAUCACUAUGCACCUGAGUUGCCAUUGCAAAAAUCUACAAAGGAACCGCCACGACCGGUAGAGGAUGAUGACAAUGAUCGCUCGCCCCUCAAUUGGGAUCACAUGUUCAAUCAUGUCACCGAGGUGCCUAAAACGCACGACGAGGAAUACGAAGAGUCUCGCCCCACCGCUUCUGUCAAGCAAGUGUCAUAUCCUACGCCUACGAGCUCGAUCAACACCGCCAACUGCCCAGUCGUGGCCGACUCGAAGGACUUCCUCAUCUCAAUGAAGACCGGUGCAACCGAGCUCUACGCGAAGCUUCCAGAGCAUCUCAUGACUACGCUCCGCUGUGUGCCCAACUACAUGAUCUUCUCCGACCUCGAGCAAGACAUCUCUGACUACCACGUCCACUCCGCUCUUGAAGACGUCAGUGACAAAUACAAGUACAGCCACCGUGACUUCGAGUUCUACCGCCGCCUCUUGGAUCUCGCCGCCAAAGGCCAAGAUCUGAGCUUGAUGAAGAUCACAACACAAGCCCACGGCUCGGCCUGGGAUCUCGACAAGUGGAAGUUCGUGCCCAUUACGCACAAGACGUACGCGGCGCAGCCGGACGCGAAGUGGUACAUCUUCCUCGAGGCUGACUCGUACAUGGCAUGGCCCAAUGUGCUGGAACUGCUGGCUCAAUAUGAUCCGGGAAAGCCUUGGUAUCUCGGCGCCGUACACUUCUUCGGCGACACCGCUUUCGCACACGGGGGUAUGGGCUACUUCAUCUCCAACGCAGCAAUGCGUAAGCUGGACGCCAUCUGGGAUCGCAAGCACAUCACGAAAUGGGAGCGAAUGACAGCCGAAGGUUGCUGCGGCGACGUUGAUCUCGGUGCCGUGCUGUAUGAGGCUGGAGUCAAUCUUACCGGUAUUCCAGGUUUGUACGGCGAAGGAGUGACUUGGUUCGAGUGGGACCCAGAACGCUGGUGUGAGCCCGCUAUUUCAUGGCAUCACAUGCGAGCUCAUGACGUCGAGUCGCUGUACCAAUUCGAGACUAAGUGGCUCGGUAAAGGCGAAACGCACUAUGUCUACCGUGACCUCUUCGUCAAUUUGGUAGAGCCACAUAUCGCGUCCACGCGGAGCGACUGGGACAAUGCGUCGCGUGACCGGAUCUAUACCGGGCUUGAAGGCCUGCAUGGCGACGAGGAUAGAAGGUUCAAAAAGAAGACCAUUUGGUCGGAUCUCGAGGAGCAAGAACAAGAGGAUGUCUGGCGUGAGCUUAACGACGGACGGAAAGAAUCGAUCGAAAAUGACGGCUACUACUUAAAAGACAACCGUUGGGACGAGCUGUCCGACGAAGAGCGCGAGACCGCCUUCUCCGAGCUCCACGACUGGGAGCAGGUGGCCCACGAGUCCCUGCGCAACUGCCGCGUCGCCUGCGAGGAGUGGAACGAAUGCAUGCAAUUCUUCUACUCCACCACCGGGACCGGACGCUGCCAUCUGCACCGACGUGUCAGACUGGGUCAUUAUUUAGAUGCGAGGGACGUGGAGGUAGAUGAGGAUACAGGGUUGGCGGUUAACAGGACGACGAGCGGGUGGAUGAUGGAUCGGGUACGUGAUAUGAAGGACAGGGCGGAGAGGUGUGAGAGCGUGCCGAACUGGAUGAGGAAGUAUGCGGAGAAUGAGCGACUCAAUGAGAGUGAUUGAUGGGGUAAUGGGCGUAAGUGAGUCUGGUGUCGGUGGGCGACUUCAGCUGCUCGUGCGUAGCCAUGUCAACGCCAUGGCGCCCUUGAGAAUAGCAUGCACUCACUCCCCCCUGCACAUUACAUACGUGUCACUCCUGGUGGAAGAGUACAGACGAGAAGUUAAGUCAUCUUCAACACGCUACAAGAGACCCUACUGCCACUGCCACUGCCAAUCCACGCCUUAUCUCUAUGAACGCCGCCAACGGCGCUGACUAUGAGCUGA